AACACAUCCCAUAGACUCGCACAUACUACUACAGCAAGAAGUAUAAACCUCCCCUGCGUUAUACUGAGCCCAGACAUAUCACAGACAACAGCUGAAAACUUCUGUCGAGAAAUCUCCGCUCCAGGAUGUAUAGGCUUAUGUCCAGAAUAGUGCGUGUGCAAGGCAACUACAGGGCUAUGUGCACACAGGCAGAACCCGCCACAAGUACAGUUUCUGGGUGGUUCCCGCCAAAAGGUUUGACGGGAGAUACAUACGGAUAUAUAAUCGGUCGCUCGAGGACCAACAAUGUGCCAAUCUAUGAGAAAAUCAAGCAGGGUGGCAAGGCGAUUACAGAGAUCAGACAUGUGAGGGGGAAUGUGCCGAAAGCAGUCGCAGAGAUGAGGAAAGUGCUUAAAAGUGAUGCCGACACCGCUGCCAAGGGCAAAGGUGAAAUCAUCAAAAUAUCAUCUACUUUCGAAACAGUUGUUGUCCACAACAUGCUGUGUAAGGACAAGCUAUUGAAUUGGGCACAGACAAAGGGAUUUUAAAAAAAAUACAUUUUAAAAUAAAU